GCCCCGUCCUCACCAAGUCUGUAAGGGCAGAAUGCAGGGACACUCGGCUAGCCUGAGAUGGGCAACACAAACUUAGUUCGACUUAGCUCUUGCUCUCCGGUCAUCCAGGAGCGUUGGUAUAAAUUGUUGUAUUUAGGCUAGGUGGUGCGGUUAGGAGUUGUUCUAGUGUUGUGCAGUUAUGAGUUCAGUGGUCGAGCCCGAUGGAGGGGGGUAGAGUCGCCUGUAACCUGACGGAUGAAAGUAACAUCAACGAACCUGAGUUCAUCAUCACUACAAUUGUCCUCGGGGUUAUCAAUGUGAGUGUAGUAUUCGGUAACAGUCUCGUCAUUGCAGCUGUGUUCACCUCUCGAAAGUUACGGACGGUGACUAAUAUGUUUAUAGUGUCGUUGGCAGUGGCCGAUCUUCUGCUAGGAAUUGUUAUUUUACCUUUCUCCAUUGCCUACGAGGUUUUGGAUUACUGGAUAUUCGGGACGUUCAUGUGUACGAUAUGGCUUGCCGUGGAUGUAUGGUUAAGUACGGCAUCUAUACUCAACUUGUGCGCUAUCAGCCUAGAUCGGUACCUGGCGAUUACAGAACCGAUCAAAUACCCCAACCUCAUGUGUCCCAAACGAGCGCGCAUUCUAAUCGCCUCCGUCUGGGUCUUGGCGUUUGUGAUCUGCUUACCGCCACUAAUAGGAUGGAACGACCCUGGCCAAAAUGUAAGUGAUUUUAAGUUCAACAAUAUAUCUGAUUCCUUCCUGUUAGAGUUGUUAUCUUUUAGCGACUGGAAUUUGACCGAGGAUAGUACGUAUUUACCGGUUUCCACAAAUCAUCAAAUACCAGAUUGUGUCCCGGAAGUCCUACCUUUGUGUCAGCUUGUUAGCGAAAGGGGAUAUCGGAUAUAUUCGGCAAUGGGAUCAUUUUACAUACCUAUGCUGGUCAUGGUGUUUUUUUACCUGAGAAUCUACCUAGCUGCCGUCAGGACGGCUGCUUCUUUACGUAAAGGUGUGUUAACAACCAAGAAGCUGGACGAUUCCGUGGCCCAUGAAGACGGGUCGGUGACACUACGAGUCCACAGGGGGGCCACAUCACGUCAGAGUGAGAGAUAUGAAUGCUCUGUAAAGUUUUCAAAUAAAAACGGCAAAAAACACAACGGACACCAUUAUCAGAACUCCCGAGAGGAACAAAAGCAAUCAUCGAGGAAAAAAACGGAGAGGGAUGUCUUAUUACAUCAGACGAAAGGGAAAAGAAAAAAACGAUCAGUUUCGUCUAGAAACUCAGGCAAUGGCGGUGGUAUGGAGAUGUGUAACGCGCGUGAUUCAUCUUACUCCAGCAAAAGUAGUCUAGAAAAGACAAACAAGCUUAGACUGCCGCGAGAAAAUUGGCCGAAUCACGACAACGGGAAACGCGACCGUUUGCGAGUACAGGACGAUGGGGAUUCCAGUGACAGUUGCAGGCGAUCACAUUUUACAUUUAAAGGAACAGCGAAGAAAAACUCGAAGCACGCCAGAAAAUUUAAAAGGGAAACUAAGGCCGCCAAAACAUUGGCAAUUAUAGUCGGUGCUUUCAUUUUAUGCUGGUUACCGUUUUUCUCAGUCUACCUAAUAGGGGCGUUUUGUGAGACGUGUAUAGCUCCUUUACUGUUUUCCAUUUUGUUUUGGCUGGGGUAUUGUAAUUCAGCCAUUAAUCCUUGUGUAUAUGCAUUGUUUUCUCGGGAUUUUCGUCAGGCGUUCAAACGUCUCCUCUGGUGCUACAAAGCGAGACCCGAGCUUAAAGACAGAUAUCAAACUUACGGACAAGGGGUACAGCAGCAACAACAACAACAGUUUCAAAUCAAAGACAGUGAAAGUGUGUCGGAAUCAUGAUGCUGUGGUUUGUUCAGCUUGGAUCAACUAUUCUGUUAUUUAUGUCUUUCAAAUGUAUCCUUCUAUCUAUAACAGAGGUUUGUUAAGAGAAGGGUAAGACAUUUUAA